AUGAGAGAGGAACCCACGCCGUCGUCACUACAGACGUUGUACCGCUCACCUGCUGAGUCACCCCUCCCGCGAUUUUUCAGUCACCGCCUUGGAUUGCCGUGCACCUCCUACGUUGCUACGACGGUUCUGCGCAGAAGGGCAGAUGCAUCUGCACCGAGUUACACGUACAAAAUCGAGGCAUCCGGUCUGAAACCACCCGAAAUUACACUGCCAAGCGAGUUAGAAAAUGGUGCUCUGCAGCUCGUUCGUCCUUGGCACUCGAAGCUGCUUGGUCCAUCAACCCGGCUAUACUCCACGACUGAAGAGCAGCUACUUUUUACACUGGGGAGGCCGUUUAAUGCUCUUUUGUUGAUCGAACUACCUCACAACGAGUACAGAAGGAUUGCAUCUUCUACCUCUAUCAUUGCUCGGCCUUUAGACUCCGCCAGUAUUUUGCGAAGUGAAGUUAGGACAUUGGAGAUUGUGUAG